AUGUGUAUUUUAUUUUAUAUUUGCCUCAGCUCUUUAUCUGUUGUCAUAAUAUGUGGAAACCUUCUUGUAAUAAUCUCCAUCAUUUACUUCAAACAGCUCCACACUCCUACAAACUACCUCAUCCUGUCUCUGGCUGUGGCUGACCUGCUUGUAGGUCUUGUAGUCUUUCCCCUCAGCAUGGCAUUCUCUCUUAGCUCAUGUCUGUAUCAUGAUGAUUUGUUUUACAGAUAUUAUGCGGUAUGUCAGCCUCUGACAUACAGAACUAAGAUAAAUGGUCGUGUUGCUGUGAUUAUGAUUUUGGCGAGCUGGAGUGUUUCUGGUCUUGUUACAACUGGCUUUUUAAUGGCAGGAUCAAUACAAGAUAAAUGUAAAGAAAAGUGUUUAACUAUUGUUGCACUGGCAAUCAUGAUAGGAAUGAUUUUCUCAUCCUACCUCCCGCUGAUCAUAAUGCUCUGUAUCUACUUGAAGAUUUUCCUUGUGGCACAGAGACAGGCACGCAGUAUCCAGAGCACAAAGUCUGGAGCAACUGUCAAUAAGAUGGAGAGCAAGGCCACCAAAACUCUGGCUAUAGUUAUGGGAGUUUUUCUGAUGUGCUGGACUCCAUUCUUUCUUUGCUUUAUGUUUAAUUCUCUUGGUUAUGAUUCAAUGGUUCUUGUGACUGAAGCAGUUUAUUGGCUUGCACUGUUAAAUUCAAUGCUCAAUCCUUUCAUUUAUGCUUUCUUUUACAGCUGGUUCAGAUCAGCUCUCAGAAUAAUCAUUUCAGGAAAAAUAUUCCAAGGUGAAUUUGCCAACUCAAAACUGCAUUGA